UUCCAUCUGACACGUUUUUUUCUGCACAACAACAUCAAAUAUUUUUCCGAGUUUUUCAGCGACUUUUAGCUACAAUUUAACUUCUUAAAAGUCUUUUUUCAUUCAAGAUGAGUACAAUAUUGGAGAAGAUCGCCCAAAUCGAGUCGGAAAUGGCUCGUACCCAACGUAACAAGGCAACUGCCGGGCAUUUGGGUUUGUUGAAGGCUCGUUUGGCGAAAUUGCGACGAGAGCUUAUUACGCCAAAAGGAGGCGGCGCAGCUACUGAACAAGGCUUUGAAGUUGCAAAGACAGGGGACUCCCGUGUUGGAUUUGUGGGCUUUCCAAGUGUGGGCAAAUCGACCCUCUUGUCCAAUUUAGCGGGCGUAUACUCUGAAGUAGCUGCCUAUGAGUUUACAACUUUAACCACUGUACCGGGUUGCAUCAAGUACAAAGGCGCAAAAAUUCAAUUACUCGAUUUGCCCGGAAUCAUAGAGGGCGCUAAAGAUGGCAAAGGUCGAGGUAGACAAGUUAUUGCCGUUGCUCGUACUUGCAACUUGAUCUUCAUGGUUUUGGAUGUUCUCAAACCCCGGCAUCACAAAAAACUCCUUGAACACGAGUUGGAAGGUUUCGGUUUGCGUUUGAACAAAAAACCUCCGAAUAUUCAUUUCAAGAAGAAGGAAAAAGGCGGUUUGAACUUGAACAUGACUGUCAGUCAAUCGGAGUUAGAUUUGGAUUUGGUCAAAUCCAUUUUGUCCGAAUAUAAAAUUCACAAUGCUGACAUUACGUUACGAUGCGACGCAACUUCGGAUGACUUGAUUGACGUUAUUGAAGGAAAUCGGAUCUAUAUUCCGUGCAUCUAUGUCUUGAAUAAAAUCGAUCAGAUCAGCAUAGAGGAGUUGGAUGUCAUCUAUAAAAUCCCGCAUUGUGUUCCCAUUUCGGCACAUCAUCAUUGGAAUUUUGACGAUUUGCUUGAAAUUAUGUGGGAAUACUUGAAAUUAGUUCGGAUUUAUACGAAGCCCAAAGGACAGCUGCCUGAUUAUAGUUCUCCGGUUGUUUUGCACAGCGAAAGAACGAGCAUUACUGAUUUUUGUAACAAGUUGCAUCGAUCUAUUGCGAAAGAGUUUAAAUAUGCGCUCGUUUGGGGAUCCUCCGUGAAGCAUCAACCGCAAAAAGUUGGAAUUGAUCAUAUUUUGAACGAUGAGGAUGUUGUUCAAAUUGUUAAGAAAGUCUAAUUUUGCAAUUUAAUGUAAAGAAUAAAAUUAUUAAAUAUAUAAAUAAAUUUAAAUUUUUAAAUUUUUGGCAUCAAAUUUUGUUUUUUUU